AUGCAGACUGUCAACCCAGCUUUGUUGACUCAACAAGCAUCCUACGCUCCCUCAUACACUGGUAGACCUUCAAACCCUAUCACUGCAUCCAGUUACAAUAGACAAACUCAAAACAAUACACCUUCACCAUCGCCAUACUCAAGUAUGGGGCGACAAGAAAUAUGGAUGGGAAGCGUGAGCUUCACGGAUCGCUUCACUAGAGACAGUAUGGGUUAUGGUCGAGCAACACCAGACGUAACCUUAACUUAUGAGUCUGAACCUUUGGAACCUCUUUUUGGAAGAGCGCAGCCUUUGCCGCAACUACCUCCUCCAGAUAUCAGCAACCCACUGCGCGCUCAAGACAGAGACAGAGGAGACAAGACGUGGUCUCGCAAGCAACUACAUUCAGGAUAUAUUGAAGUGCCCAGAAAGGUCAUUCACAACGGAAAGGAGAAUAUAGUCACCAAGACGGUGUAUUUCAACCGAAGGUAUGGAGGGUAUUGGCACAGUCGACCAUAG